CGUCCCGAUUCGCAGCGAAGACUCAAAAAGUAUAUAGCGAGAGAUCGAUGGAAACCUCUCUCUAAAACUCCCUAUCUUUACGGAAACCGGACGAAGACUUGGAGAGCGGAAGGCGACUGGAUUAUCGAGGAAGCUUUCGUCGUCCUCGAUGAGUUCUAGGGUUUGUUUUUCUGUCCAUUUAUCCGAUUUGAAUUGGUUUCCUCGCUGGUGAAUCGAUGAAACGGAGCGAUCACGGGGUCGGUGAGUAGUCGUUCAAUGUUCGCCGAUUGAGGCGGCGAGGGGAUCAGUCAUAGGAUCGAUAAGGUUUUGUUUGGACUAGGGAUAGGUUGAGACGGAGUAGGAAGGCGCAAACGCAGGGGUGUUCGUCGAUUGGUGGUUCUUGUCAUGCGAUUGUCUCGGUCGGCGUCGGUGGUUUCGGAGCGAAGAAGGGAGCAGGGGUUUGGUAGUUUGAGGACUCGGAAGAAGCACAAGAGGCUUGAUGCAAUCUGCGAGAAGGCGUACAAUCGGAGCCAUCGGGGUGUGAAGAUCGAAGCGAACGUUGGGGAUGAGAUAGCGGGGAAUGAGUCGGAGCUCAGGAGGAGCACAAGGGUCCGGCGGGCUCCGGUGGUGCUUGACUCUUCGCCUCCGCCAGCCAAGAAGCGGCGAAAAGUUGAUGGAAGGAGUGAAAUUGAUUCUGCUGGAAGGGAAAAGAGGAAACCUGGUUCAGAUUCGAGGAAUGUAGAGGAAGAACCCGCAGCUUGGAGGUCUAGGUUGAGAUCUAGGGCAAAGAAUGUAACUUUUGAAAGGGUGGGAAAGGCGGAAUCUUCCCCAAAAGGUAAAAGGAAGCUUUUUCAUGAUUCUGAUGAGUUUAGUGAAGAAAUCAAGGUGAAGGGUAGGGAAUUGGAUGGUAAAGAGGAGCUGGAAGUUGGUAUGUCCACAGUUGUUAAGUCAAAAAGGCCGGGUAGAGUAAAAGCUUCAUGUGUUCUAAGGAAUGCAAAUCAGGAGAUUGGAUGGUGUUCUGACAAGGAGCAUGACAAGCAGAAGAAUAAGGUGGAGCAAGACAAAGAGAAGACUGAGUUGGAUGAAAAUGAGAACAAUGAGGUGGAAGAAAAUAAAGAGCGGAAUGAAGUGAAUUUGUUACAGAGUGGUGAUGAGAUGGGUCUUACACACCUGGAUAAUGGAGCUGGACAUAGCUACAAGCAUGGAGGUAGAGAUGGUGAUACGUCACAACCAGUCGAGAAAGGGGAGAGUGAGUCUCCUAUUGGUUUACAGUUAGAAGUUUGCAUUGGCGAUGACAACGUGGAAUCAAUGGAACAGGAUAUGCCACGGGAAUUACCAGUGUCUGUGAAGGAGGCGGAAAACCAGAGGGAGUCUACACAGGUUGACCAAGUUGAGGACGGAGGAUGUCAUGAGAAACCUUUGGAAGAUUAUAAUUCCAGGAAAGAUCAUAAGUUGGAUCCUUCUUCAAGUGAUACAUGUGGAAAGCUGUACACAAGAGAAGGGAGGAAAUGUGGCUUGUGUGGAACAGGGACCGAUGGAAAACCUCCAAAAAAGUUACUGCAGGAUGGGGCUGGGAGUGAUCAUGAGGCCUAUAGUGGAUCUUCAGCAUCAGAGGAACCCAACUAUGACACAUGGGAUGGAUUUGGUGAUGAACCUGGUUGGCUUGGACGCCUCUUGGGUCCGAUAAAUGAUCGUUAUGGUAUUGCUGGAAUCUGGGUCCAUCAACAUUGUGCUGUAUGGAGUCCAGAGGUUUAUUUUGCUGGCUUAGGAUGCUUAAAAAAUGUAAGGGCAGCCCUAUGCAGAGGAAGAGUAUUGAAAUGCACCCGCUGUGGGAGGCCAGGGGCAACAAUUGGAUGUCGUGUUGAUCGUUGUCCAAAAACUUACCACUUGCCUUGUGCACGAGCUAAUGGUUGCAUUUUUGAUCAUCGCAAAUUUCUCAUAGCAUGCACAGAUCAUCGACAUCUUUUCCAACCUCAUGGAAGUGAAUAUUUGUAUAGAAUAAAGAAAAUGAAAGCUAAGAAAAUGAAGUUGGAAUUGAGAAAGUUAUCAAAUGAUGCUUCGCGAAGAGAUAUUGAAUCAGAAGAAAAAUGGUUAGAGAAUUGUGGUGAGGAUGAAGAAUUUUUGAAACGUGAGAGCAAAAGGCUAUAUAGGGAUCUAUUGAGAAUUGCACCUGUGUACAUUGGAGGCUCAAACUCUGAAAAUGAUAGGCAAUUUCAGGGUUGGGAGUCUGUUGCUGGGCUUCAAGAUGUCAUCCAAUGCAUGAAGGAGGUUGUCAUUUUACCAUUACUAUAUCCUGAGUUCUUUAAUAAUAUGGGAAUUACACCUCCUAGAGGUGUUCUUUUGCAUGGCUAUCCUGGAACUGGUAAAACAUUAGUAGUGCGUGCUUUAAUUGGUUCCUGUGCUCGUGGUGAUAAACGGAUAGCAUAUUUUGCUCGCAAAGGAGCUGAUUGUUUAGGAAAAUAUGUCGGUGAUGCUGAGCGUCAGCUAAGGCUUUUGUUUCAGGUUGCUGAGAAAGCCCAACCAUCUAUAAUUUUCUUUGAUGAGAUUGAUGGGUUGGCACCUUGCCGCACUAGGCAGCAAGAUCAGACCCAUAAUUCUGUUGUUUCCACCUUGCUUGCUCUGUUAGAUGGUUUAAAAUCUAGGGGCUCAGUUGUAGUAAUUGGUGCAACAAAUCGUCCUGAUGCUGUUGAUCCAGCUUUAAGGCGGCCUGGUAGGUUUGAUAGGGAAAUUUAUUUUCCAUUGCCAUCAGUAGAGGACAGGGCAGCCAUUCUCUCACUUCACACAAAAAGAUGGCCAAAGCCAGUGACUGGAUCAUUGCUCAAUUGGAUUGCAAGAAGGACUGCAGGUUUUGCUGGUGCUGAUCUUCAGGCUCUUUGUACUCAAGCAGCAAUGGUUGCCCUGAGAAGGAAUUGUCCCUUGCAAGAACUAUUGUCAGAAGCUGAAAAGCAAGCUUCCCACGGUAAAUAUCCUCCUCUCCCCCCCUUUGCAGUGGAGGAGAGGGAUUGGUUAGAGGCACUUUCAUGUGCACCGCCUCCAUGCUCUCAGAGGGGGGCAGGAAUGGCUGCAAAUGAUGUGGUAUCCUCACCUCUCCUACGUCAUCUUAUUCCUUGUCUGCUGCAACCAUUAUCCAGAUUGCUCGUUUCCCUUUAUCUUGAUGAACGUCUCUUGUUGCCGUCUCCUCUUUAUAAAGCUGCUGUACUGAUCAAAAGUAUAUUUGUUUCUUCUUUGGAUAAGAAGAAAGUGCCAAGUGAUCACUGGUGGACCCAUGUUGAUGGCUUGCUUCAAGAAGUAGAUGUUAUGAGGAAUAUUGAGACUAAACUUUUGCACCUUGGCAUUGUUACUGGACAGGAUAGUGAUUCUAAGCUUGAUGCUUUCAGUGAGAAUACUAAUGAUGGCAGAUUGAUGCUCAAACAUCAAAAAGUGCAGCAAAUAGGUGCUCGUACUAGUUUGUUACAGAAUGUCUCUGAUGCAUCAGGAAAGAAGUCAGGAUUCCGGACGGUAAUUUCUGGAAACCCCAGGUCUGGUCAGAGGUAUCUUGCUUCUUGUCUUCUCCAUUGUUUUGUUGGAAAUGUUGAAAUCCAAAAGGUUGAUUUGGCCACAAUUUCACAAGAAGGGCAUGGAGAUGUGAUGCAAGGGGUUACCCGGAUAUUAAUGAGAUGUGCUAGUGUGGGUUCUUGCAUGGUAUUCAUGCCAAGAAUUGAUUUAUGGGCCAUAGAGACGUGUCAUCAAGUUGUCAACAAUGAGAGUGAUUCCUCUUUAACAAACCCUGAAAUAUCUGACAUGUCUUUUGUGGAAAGCUGUGCACCUGUCACAAAGAAAAAUCAACCCCCUCACAUACAGGAGUUAUCAGAGGUGGCGGUCUCUGAAGAUGCUUCGCAGCAGACAUCAUAUAUCUGGAACUCAUUUGUUGAGCUGGUGGAGUCUAUAUGUGUGUCUACAUCAUUGAUUAUUCUGGCUACUUCAGAAGUGCCUUUUCAAGUACUCCCUCUUAGAGUAAGGCAGUUCUUCCAGAGUGAGAUAACAGAUUGCAUCAUUUCACCUGACUCAGAGCGGACAAUACCAAGAUUCUCCAUGCAUCUUGAUGGGAAAUUUAGCAGUGAUGCUGUAAUCAAUUCAUCUGCAGUGGAGUUAUCAAAUGAUUUAAUUCAGCAGUUUGUUCAGUUCAUUCAUCAUAGAACUCAUGUCUGUCCGAGCUCAUGCAUGAAGGAUAAAAGUAGUGAUGCCAUGGAAGUUGAUUCAGUUAAAAUGAGUCAAAGAAGCAAUCCUGAGCCAGGGGCCAAUGAACACGAGAAAGUACAGCUUCCUGAAAGUUCUGAGAAGCCUUUGUCUGCACCAAAUAUUAGACCUUCGAAAGGGAAACCAAACUUGCUGUUGGCAAUAUCUACAUUUGGCUACCAAAUUCUUAGAUAUCCCCAUUUUGCAGAACUUUGUUGGGUCACUUCCAAGUUAAAAGGAGGUCCCUAUGCUGACAUAAAUGGUCCCUGGAAGGGAUGGCCUUUCAACUCUUGUAUUGUUCGUCCUAGUAACUCAUCAGAGAUGAUGGCCAUUGCUUGCAACUCCAACGAUAUUAAAAACAAAGAGAAAUACAGUCUGGUGCGAGGCUUGGUUGCUGUUGGUCUAUCAGCUUACAGAGGCAUGUACACUUCACUUAGAGAAGUUUCAUCAGAGGUCCGGAAGGUUUUUGAGCUCCUUGCUGAAGAGAUUAAUGCUAAAAUUCAGGCUGGGAGGGAUUGGUAUCAGUUUAGUCGGCUUUUAUCACAAAUGGCUUAUCUUGAAGAUGUUGUUAAUAGCUGGGCAUAUACACUGCAGAGUUUAGAGGCUGAUGCUCAAACGGCAGUGCCAGCCCUCAACACCACUAGUUUGGGCUAUCUGGAUAAUCAUAGGAGGUUCGAGGAUAAGGUGUCUCAAAAUGAUGGGUGUGAGCCAGAUGUAUCUAUCAGAAGUUCCCAUCAAGAUGAACUGCUGGAAGAAAGUCCCCAAAGAUUUGAUUUGAACAAAGGAGCAGAGGAUGUUGAUCCAAUAUCACAGGGAAGUGUAGAUGAACAUUCAGCUGCUGCUGUUCUUCCAUUGGGUGGUGAAGAUGAACAGAACGGAACUAGCCUUGGGCCAUCUAGGAAAGAGAACUCUGGUAAGCAUUCUUGUGUUGUUGGAGAAUUUGGAUCUAGAGGACAUACUAAUGGAUUUUUGAAUUCGGACCCUCUGGAAGAUGGUCCUUGUUCACUGAAAGUGAGUAGUAGUAUCAUGCCUUUUACCCACCAAGAAGCUGAGAACCAACACAAUGAGGUGUCGAUGGAGACUUGCACGCAAUCUGAGAAUGGUAGGUCAAGCACUAGUGAUGAACAAAAUGCAGAUGUCAACAACAAUAUGCCAGGGGUUUUUUGCUUGUAUCGUUGUUGCUCAAAAUGCAUAUUCAAAUUACGUGACAUGAUGCGGAAGAUUCUCAAUUAUGAAUGGGGAUUAAAAGAGAGAGGCUGCACAGUAGAGGAUGUCCAUGACAUGGUUGCAUCAAAAUCAGCGCGGCUCCAUUCAGCAGUAAGGACAUUGUUUGCUACUAAAAGUACAACUAUAUUACUUGACAAAAACCAGAGGCUUGAUACUGCUAGAAAAAUGUUCAAACCUGAGGAGAUGGACGCAUGUCGAUGUAAAGUUUCAGACGAUAGAUCAAUGAUGCCGAUGGAAUGUAGCUGUCAUUCCAGAAGCGAGAAAAAUGUAACGGCAGGAGCAAGUUCCUCACCGGACAAUCAACAUGGCUUUGAUCUGAAAUUCAUCUGCAGAGAUGGUGUGAUCUCCCCUGUCGACAACCCUGAUAAGGUAUUGUUUCAUUGUAAAUUCGAAACUCUUUGUCUUUGUUCUCUUAUAGAGUGGAUAGAAAUGAGCAGGCUGCCUUCGGCUUGAUGUGAUAUGAUCAUAGAAAGAUUGACUUACCUUUGGCAAUUUUUGGUGUUCUUGCGGAAUUUAGUUAUGUUCCCCAAGAGAUGUAAAAAAUCAAAAUUUUGUCGCCUGAAUUCAUUUUCAAUGGAGCUUUUUCUGAUGAGCAACAUAAUGUGGCAGUUGCUGCUAACUGCUGUGAUUU